AACAAAAUGGAUCUGCCACCAGAUAAGAUGCGGGUUUUGAGGAAUUAUGAACUUUCGAAGAAGUGGGAUCUUGUCUGUGAUCAGCGGAAAAUGUACGCAGUCGCCGAUCCAUCCGUAUAUUUGGAGAAGCUGUCGGUUUAUCUGGAUAAGAAAGCAUCAAAAAAGAAAAAGAAACUUCUUGGAGAAGAAACGUCGACUGCAAUUUUGAAGCACAUUGAGAUAUCACUUCGAACAAACAGCAUCGAUUGGGUAAGGUCGUUCUUGAAUGAAGCGAAUAACGGUCUGCAUAUUCUUGUCGAAUAUCUCAGUCAGUUGCAACAAGCAGGUGGAUGGGGAAGGUUGCUUGACAUUUUUGAUAUUGUUGUCAUCUCAAGAUUUAAUCACAUUUAUUCAUUCAGUACAACCGUAAACAUGUCAUGUGCUGAAUAUGGGAACGCAUCGUCGAGUAGCGCAGUGCAAGGAUCAUCGUUAUCACCGAGUGGACUGACAUCGCAGAACGGUGGCAGUUUCGCUGACAAUAGCACCUUGUCGUACUCGAGUGAUGAUCGCAGUAUGAGUAUUGCGAGCAGUGCUCAAGGUUUAUUUCGUAAGGCCACAAAUUCUGGCGUGAAGUCGAAGACGUUGAAGAAUAUGGGUGAUCGAGAUGAUGACAUCCACGUUUGCGUGAGCUGUUUGAGAGCGAUCAUGAACAACAAGCGUAGUGUAGUUAUGAGUUCAUUCAUCUUUCGAGAAAUUAAAUUUCAGUACGGGUUCAACAUGGUGUUCGGUGAUUCACAAGCUAUUUAUUGCAUUGCACGAAGUAUACUACAUCACAGCCUGAGGUAA